AUGCUCGAGCAGCAACAAGCUUGGCUGGUCCAGGGCCUCCAGGAACUCUACCGACGUAUCGUCGAAGGCGAAGGCUGGCCGACUGACCAUAUGAAACUACACCCUAAUGGCCACCCUCUCAUUCACUACUUGCUUAAGCGCCUCGGUAUUCUAGACCACGGCAAGGGUGAGCGCUUUGAGGAAGAUCCUGAGGCACUGCAGCAGAAUCUUCGACGUACAAAUGCUGGCGUGCAACGCCAGGAGUUUCCUGAGGGCGAAUCUAGUACCCCAAGAUUUACCUUCGUCCCCUCCCACUUCUCCUUGGGUCCUUUCUCCCAGCACACCAUGAUGCCUAUGCCAUCAACAUAUAUCGCUUCUAAUAGAACGAUCACUAAGCAUUAG